UCCUCGAUUACGUGAUGCCCAGAAUUCAGGAGAAAUUCCUCGUCCACGAAAAGACCCGGGAUCCCAGUGGAAUUUGUCUCAGACCUUGCUCUUAACGCUAUCACCCACUAUCUUUUCCUUUCCUUCUCUCACCAAUGAAAAUCAGUACCAAGAUCGAGCAGUCCUCCAAAGAGGGUAAAAUAUGGUGGUCAUUCGAGUAUUUUCCGCCUCGGACAGCUCAGGGUCUACAAAACCUGCUCGAUCGUAUAAAGCGUAUGACGGCGCUGGGCCCUGAAUUCAUUGACAUUACAUGGAACGCUGGUGGCCGCACGUCUGAUUUGACUUCGCAUAUGGUCAAAACGUGUCAAGGCUCGGUGGGUAUAGAAACAUGUAUGCACUUGACGUGCACGAACAUGCCUAAAGAAAAGGUCGACAUUGCUCUCCGGGAAGCAAAACAACACGGCUGUCGUAACGUCCUGGCCCUUCGUGGUGACCCACCUCAAGGCAAGGAUGAGUGGGAGGCAGUCGAGGGUGGUUUCGUGCAUGGUAUUGACCUCGUUAAGCACAUCCACAAUGAGUACGGGGACUACUUCGAUAUCGCAGUUGCCGGAUUCCCUCAGCACCAGCUCCUUCCGGCCGAAGAACGCGAGCUCGAGAUGAAGUACCUCAAGGAGAAGGUCGAUGCAGGUGUCAACUUCAUUUUCACGCAGAUGUUCUACGAUGUCGAAGUCUUCAUUGACUGGGUGAAGGCAGUCAGGGCAGCUGGCAUUAUGAUCCCAAUUGUUCCCGGUAUUGCUCCCAUCCAAACGUGGAAUGGCUUCCUGAAGGCAACGUCUCUUGCGAACACCAAGAUUCCUCAAUCUUUCUUGGACGCUCUAGAGCCCUAUAAAAACGAUGACGAGAAGGUUCGAGAGAUUGGCACUAAGCUGGUCGCAGAAAUGUGCCGUAAAAUUCUUGCAGCUGGCCUCGGUAUCCAAGGUCUUCACUUUUAUACCAUGAACUUGGAGAAAGGAACAAAGAUGUUACUGGAGGAGCUGAGCCUUAUGCCUCGUGUAGAGACUAUCAAGCCUCUGCCCUGGAGACAGUCGCUUACACCAAACCGACGGCAAGAAAACAUUCGUCCUAUCUUCUGGGCGAAUAGGGCCGAUUCAUAUCUUUCGCGUACUGAGAACUGGGAUGAGUUCCCCAACGGACGGUUUGGUGACUCGCGGAGUCCAGCGUAUGGUGAGCUCGAUGGGUACGGCGUCUGGCUCAAACAAACGAAAGAGGAAGCUCUGAAACUUUGGGGAGAGCCCCGGACAUUCGCAGAAGUCGCAUCGCUAUUCAGUCGGUUCUGCUUGGGUGAUCUCAAAGCUCUCCCAUGGUCAAACCAAGCAGCGUCUUCUGAAACCUCCGCCAUCGCACUGCAACUUUCAAAGAUGAACGAGCUUGGCUUCUUGACAAUUAACUCUCAGCCCGCCGUCAAUGGCGCAAGAAGCGACGACCCACAGUUUGGUUGGGGCCCGAGUAAUGGUUACGUUUACCAGAAGGCAUAUCUUGAGUUCUUCGUCAGCCCCCGACUACUAGAACUCCUGCUCGCCCAUAUCGACCGCGACAGCAAUAUGACGUACUAUGUCAUCAACAAGCAAGGUGACCUAAGGACGAACACUCACUCCGAAGGACCCAACGCUGUCACAUGGGGCGUUUUCCCCGGCAAGGAGAUCGUCCAACCGACCGUUGUUGAGGCUAUCAGCUUCAUGGCGUGGAAGGACGAAGCAUACGAACUAGGUGUUAAGUGGGCCAACGUUUACGAGGCAGGGACGCCAUCACGUCAGCUCAUGAUGGAGGUCAUGGGAUCAUCAUACCUCGUCAAUGUCGUCCACAACGACUUCAAAGAUCCGCAAGCCAUCUUUGAGCCCUUCUUCAAGGCCGGUGCCGAGUACAUGGCUCAACAUACCAACGGCUCUGCCGCUCCCAAGGCUCUCGCAAACUAGCUUCGAUCUCAAGAACACGAUCUAACUCGCAUACCCCACCUUCUACAUUGCGGGUUCAACCCCCGUAUGACAUGCAUAUCCAGCAGUGUUUCUCGUCUUACUUAUACUUGGCAUUCAACCAUAUCACUGACAGACAGUCCUCAUCCAUCGCAUCAACUGCAUCUGCUUGUAUAUCAACACCCACUGCAUCAACUGCACACCACAUCCUCUCGAUAUAGUUUCCACGAGACAA